UUGGGGCGACAUGGCUAAACGCACCAAGAAAGUCGGAAUCGGGGGCAAAUACGGGACCCGUUAUGGUGCCUCCCUCAGGAAGAUGGUGAAGAAGAUUGAGAUAAGCCAGCACGCCAAGUACACUUGCUCCUUCUGUGGCAAAACCAAGAUGAAAAGACGAGCUGUGGGGAUCUGGCAUUGUGGCUCCUGCAUGAAAACCGUCGCUGGUGGCGCCUGGACCUACAACACCACUUCUGCUGUCACAGUAAAGUCUGCCAUCAGAAGACUGAAGGAGUUGAAAGACCAGUAGAA